CCGUUUUAUGCUUCAAGGAUCCGCUUUUCUCGCUUCUUCCCUUGCAGAUCCUACAAAGUUUUUUCCUACCCUCUCUCUCUCUCUCUCUCUCUCUCGGAGGCCACUGCUUAUUGUGUCAUUUUCAUUCUGAUUUCACCACUUAUUUGACAACCCUUUUUCCAUUUCAUUUUUCUUGUUUUUAAAGUUGAGCAAAAGGCAUAGGCUUACCAAUUAUGGGCAAGGAGUGGUAUUUUGCUGGAAGAUCAUCUAAGAGAGGUGUAGGAGGAGGUGCUGAGGCUGAAACACAAGCCCCUUCUGGUUGCAUGUGUGCUGUUUUUCAGUUCUUUGAUUUCCAUCCUUUUCACUUUCCCAACAUAAACCAACAACACCAACAAGAUCAACAAGCCUCUUUUAAGCCACCCUCAUGCACCUCAGAAGACCACACCACAGUCUCAAAAGGUGCUGAAGCACCUAGGAACAGCUUAGAGGCAGAGGAUGGUGAUGGUACAGUUUCAUCUCUCUCAUCAAAAGAAGAUGAUUUUAAAAUUCCUAAGAAUAUUAUACAAAUUAAGACAAGUGGAGCCACAAGAACAAGUGGUGGAAAUUUGAAUGACUUGUCCUCAGAACUCACCAGCUCUCCAGGGACAAAGACACCAACUUUAGUGGCAAGGUUAAUGGGUUUGGAUCUUCUUCCAGGUGCAAACUCACCCUCUUUUUCUUCUUCAUGUCUUUCAACUCCAAACACACAAGACAAUGUGCCACAUCUUCACCACCACCUGAGGCACAAGCAACAUGUCCAAACCAAGCACAGGAACAGCGUAGAUAGUAGUGACAUUUCAGCCACAAGAUCUUUGCCUGAGACACCAAGAAUCUCCUCAGCAAGAAGAUCAGAUGUUGAUCAUCACCACAGACUCUCACUCCAAAUCAUAAAGGAAAACAUGAACCUUGGUGAGGAUUUGGAGCUCCCUAGGCUCUCAUUUUCCAAAAGGAAGAGUGAUGAGAACAAUGGCAGGAGUCCAAGCCACUAUGCCAGGCAAAUUGUCAAACAGGCUAAGGAAAGUGUGAGCAGAAAAGUUGGGCAAGACAUCACCAACACAACUCUCAAAGCAAGAGAAGAAAAUGCAGGCCAAUUCAGAAGCAAAAAGUCUCCCAAAACAUCAUCACUGAAAGCAAUUGAUGAAACUGAAACCAGCCCAAAUAAACACUCAAACCAAUCUUCCUACUCCCCAAGGCUUAGAUUCAUUGACAAACACAAACCAAGCACAACAACAACAUCAACAGCACCAUCACCACUCACCCCAAAAGAUCAAAACAUGCUGAAACUACCACCACCUCCUUCUCCAGUUAACACUCACCAACCUCAGCUUCCAAGAGUUUUAACAAAACCAAAGCUUCAAGCAGUGGUGCCAGAACAGAAAGAGUUUCAUCAGAACAACAAAUCUGUUCCAAAAUGCAAAAAGGCUACCAAUGAAAAAAAGUUCAACUCAAGGCUCAUCAAAAGGCCUCCACAGACAUCAGACAUCAUCAGAAACAAGCAAGAAGAACCAUUCAUCAUUCGUCCCACAUCGCCUACUAGAGCCAGUGACAUCAAAAACACCAAAAGCAAGAAAAAUCAUCCAUUGUCAAGCAAUCUCCUCAACAACAUCAGCAAUGUACCAAAUCUUCUACCUGUCAAGACAGACCCUUCUCCUUCGGCAACCAAAAUUCCUUCCAAACAGUCACAGGUCUGUGAUAGUCGUCAUCAAGAGUCCAAAAGCAGUUCACAGUUAUCUAGUUGUGCGCGCCAGAGGUACAAACAAGAAGAAACAACAACCACACUACUCGCUACCCGAGAUAACAACGGUGCCUUCUUCUCCUCCUCCACCGUCACCCACCCUCCCACCCCACAAGAGCUUCAGUACAUCACAGCAAUCCUUGCACGUACCACUGCCCUAAACUCACAGGGUACCCCCACUACAGUUUCCUUAAACCAGCCCCUCGACCCAUCAAUCUUCCACCACCUCGAACACCCCGCCGGCGACAAAGAUCGCAACUUUGCCCCGAAAGACCAACUGGGUCACCGUUGGAAUCGGAGAUUACUGUUCGAUUUGGUUGACGAGGUUCUGAGGGAGAUUCUGGAGUCUCAAGAGGGAGAGAGAGAAAAGAGGCUUUGGUUUUUGAAGGGUGGUAUUUGUAACCAAAGAGGGAGGAGCGUUGAAGGGUUGGUGAAGAGGGUGUGGAAGAGGGUUGAGGAGUUCCCACGUGCCAAGUGUGAGGUGUUGGAGGACAUUGAUGAGUUGAUUGACCUGCAGAGAGAGAAAGAUGGUGAGAGAAUGGAAGAAGAAGGGGAAGAACUGGUUGCAGAGAUUGAAGGGAACAUAUGGGACACGUUAGUCCAUGAAACGGUUAUAGUUAUGGAUUGUUGGGAAAAUGCUAAAAAAGAAAAAUUAUUACUAUAUGAUGAUUCCAAAAUAUCAUCACAUGUUUGCAGUCUCAGUCAAUUUUAACAUGAUGCAUAAUUGAGUUUUUGAUUUAUGAAAAAAAAAUAAUAAGAAAAAUCAAUUAUGUGUUAAAAUUAAUUGUGAUUAUGAAUGUGGGACUGUGGGGGUGAUUUUGAAUUACUAUUGCUAUACAAUAAUUUCUUGUGGGAAGUGGGGUCUAUGUUUGUGCUUGAACUAAGGACGGCGUCGUUUAGUAAGGGAGGGUGUCACGUGACAUUGUUGUGAGGGGUCGGUGGGGACCACGUGCAUGGGGUUUGAAGUUAAUUUGAACCCUUCGAUUGUAGGGUCACACGAAGAAUUUGACCUCUCGACAAGACUGUUCUUCUAUUCAUUGGUCAUUAAAAGACAAAAUUUGACAGAGAAAUCCGCGCCCCAGUUACCCCUUCUCUCUCACUUCUAUUCAAUUCAAGUGAAGUACAUAUUUAGUAUAUUAUUUUUCUUUGAAUUUGUAUUGGUGUUUAAUUGUGUUUGUAAUGAGUUAGAGUUAGAGUUAGAGUUAGAGUUAGCAACUUGGAUAGUUUCACAAAGAGUUUUUUAUUCUAGAUUCCCACCAAAAUAAAUUUGGGAAGAUUGUUGAGAGAAUAUUUAAUUAGAGAAAUUGAUGGUUAUAAAUUAGAGAAUAUUUAUUUUGAUA